CCGUCCCCUUGGAGCCCUCAGACCCUCCAGGAAAGAUCUGGGAACACAUCUUCUGAGGCCUCCCUCGCUCCCGCCCAACGCCCGGUCGAACCAGGAGAGCGAGUGCCAGCUGCGGGCGAGAUGAUAAAACGGGAGGAACCGCGCAAGAUACGGCCCUCCUCGACGCCGUUCUCACCUCUUUGUCCGCCGCCUUCUCUUCGAUCCCUAGCAGCGCGUACAGGUCCAUCUGUAAGAGCUCCUUGGUCACCGCCAUGCUUUCCACCCUGAGUCGGUUUGUACUACAAUUCCCAGGAGUCCAAGCGUGCGUCGGGACUCCCGGGGGACUGCCGACUCUGAGCGGCUUGAUGGCGCUUAGCCUUCUGGGAAUUGUGUUCUGGAUCUGGCCGAGCUGACGCUAAAGGAGGCGGGCGAUCGUGAACGAACUACAACUCCCAGCAGUCCCCGCUCCCGCCUCGGCCGCGCUCAAACAGGGUGGUCUGUCCCUACUCCCGGCCUGGGGACCGCCGCUGGAACGCGCUAGUGGGCUGCUUGGGGCCGGACAGUGCUCAGUGAGAGUCCAGGAGCUGUGGGUCUGGCGGGCGUGACCGCAACUCUGCCGACCCUGCAGUCUCGGGAGCCAAGAUGGACAGUAGGUGCUACGGCUGCGCGGCCAAGUUCACACUCUUCAAGAAGGAGUGCGGCUGUAAGAACUGUGGCCGGGCCUUCUGUUCUGGCUGUCUCAGCUUCAGUGCGGCCGUGCCCCGGGCUGGGAACACCCAGCACAAGGUCUGCAAGCAGUGCCACGAGGUCCUGACCAGAGGGUCUACUUCUGCCAACUCCUCCAAGUGGUCACCGCCUCAGAACUACAAGAAACGCGUGGCAGCUCUGGAAGGCAAGCAGAAGCCCAGCGCUCCCUGGACCCCGGGACUGACGCAGCAAGACCAGGUCAUUGCUGAGCGCCUGGCUCGCCUCCGCCAGGAGAACAAGCCCAAGCCAGUGCCCUCGCCGGCGGAGAUAGAAGCCCGGCUGGCUGCGCUGCGCGGGGAGCCCCCGGGUUCCAUCCCUUCCACCCAGGAGAUGGAGGCACGACUGGCCACACUGCAGGGCAGAGCUCUGCCCGCUCAGCCACCGCAGCCGGUACAGCUGCCGCCAGAUACCAGGACCCAGACCCAGCAGGCCCAGGACCUGCUGACACAGCUGGCAGCUGAGGUGGCUAUUGAUGAGAGCUGUGAGCGAAGAAACCCAGCAGCCUCCAUCCAGAACGACCUUAACCAGGGUGGCUCAGGGGCCCGGAGUGCUGGUCCCCAGGGGCAGGCUCCCCCGUCCCUGGAGGAGGAAAAGAGCAGGCUGCUGGCGCAGGCUGCAGUGGAGCUUCGGGAGGAGAACACCAGGCAGGAGCGGAUCCUGGCCCUCGCCAAGCGGCUGGCCGUGCUGCGAGGACUGGACCCUGCAGGAGUGACCCUCCAGGACUAUCGCCUGCCAGACAGUGACGACGACGAGGAUGAGGAGACAGCCAUCCAGAGGGUCCUACAGCAGCUCACGGAAGAAGCUGCCCUGGAUGAGGCAAGCGGCUUUAACAUCCCCGCAGAGCCAGCGCGCAGGACCCAGGCCCGGCUCCCCCGGUCAGUGCCGGAGGCCUCUGCGGCACCCCCCACGCCUGAGGCGGAGGCGGAGGAGCUCCCCUGGUGCUGCAUCUGCAACGAGGAUGCCACGCUGCGCUGCGCCGGCUGUGACGGGGAUUUGUACUGUGCCCGCUGCUUCCGGGAGUGUCAUGAUGCCUUUGAGCUUCAAGAGCACCAGACAGCUGCGUACCACCGUCGUCCCCCCAAAGCAGACCGAGAGCACUGAGGAAGCCCCUGGCCCCCGAGGAAGGUGAUCUCACGCUGUCCAGGGGGCAAAAGGGGGCGGGCACCCACUGUGGGGCCCAGCCCCUUCCUGAGCCUCAGUGUUCCUGGAAGGAGGAAAGUCUCCACUGGAGACAGAUGACUGCAGGAGGCAGCUGGAGGCAGUCAGGAGCCCCAGAGCAGAGAAGCCCGGGCUGGGAGUGAGAGGCAUGAUGGGGAGAGGACCAGACUGACUCCCAGGAUGAGCUCUGAAGCGCCUCCCUGGCACAUACUGGGUUUAAUAAAAUCUAUGGACUCCUUA